UCUAACCAUUUACAAAGUUUGAAUUAGCUACUGAUACAGCAGAUAAAGAAUGUCGAAAUUAUCGAAACAGAGGUCCUCACUGGGUAACGAACAACUGGUGAAAUUGACAAACGAAUCGGCAGAAAUUCGCAUGCUCGCAUUUGAACAAAUUGAGACAAGUUUCAUACACUGCCUAAUUUAUGAGGACGCAAUCACCAUUAAACCGAUGUUGUUGUUAAGACAAUUGAUACGCUGGUUCGGUUUCACUCCACUGGCAGACCCCGAUCGCAUCCUCGCCCUGAUGCUCGAACUAAUGCGCUCCAGGUACGGCAAGGUGAUUCCUGAAAAGAUGUCCCUACAACGGUUGGAAAAAGAGCUCCUCAAAAUACGUUUGCAGUGUUUUGCAAUCCCUGCAAAUCUGAUGGCAACACGUUGCAUGGAUCUACUGGGCGAUUUAUUUGGCAUGAUUGAAUUUACCUAUUGCAUAUCUUCCAGUUCAUAUGACUCGCUCGGCAGCGAUUUAGAAUUUUCGGUUGAUGCCUUCAAUCUGCAGGUUGAAGACUAUGAAGCGGCUUGGUCGUGCGCCAGCGAAGACGAUCUCGCCACAAUGGCCACCAUUGUCGAUAGUCUAUCAUGUCAUAACGAUGAGCAGUUGCAGCAGCAAUUGCUUAAUCUACAAAUUAGAGUAUGCGACUAUCCCGUCGAGUAUCUGCUACAGCCGCCGCACAUUUUCCUCCGCCUGUUGGACUUGCUGAAGCUGAAUUAUUCGACCGAAACCCAGUUUCGCAUUCACUGUGCACUGCUUGCGAUCGUUAAGCAGAUGCAGCGUGGCAACAGCGCACGCAGCAAGAUUUGCAACUAUGCCACAAAAGUGGAGGUGAAGUCGUCAUUACAAUUGCGUAUUUCGAGCGCAUUGUAUCUGCUGCUGAAUGCCUGCUGGCUUGAUCCGCCGAAGUUGGAGCAGUGCAAUCAGAAUUAUCAUCCGAUCGAAAUGAUUGUGGAGGUGAUCGAAACGUUUGGUCAGCUCGGUGCUCCCAUGAAAGAGUUGCAUGUACAGCAACUGGCCUGCGGUGCACACAAAUUCAUAAACUAUUGCAAUUCCGUAGAUGUAUCCGAUGUCGGUGAGACGGACAACAUGGGUAAAGGGCUAAUUAUACCUCGACUAGAAUCCAUCAUAUUAAAUGGAUCACUGCUGGAGCUGAUAAGGCAGAAUGCAUCCAACAUCAGUCAUGUGGCUGGCCAAGCAUUGCUGAAACCAUUGAUACUGGACAACACCUACAUGAUGUGUGUGCCACAACACAUGGACGCUGUGCGCAAGCUGCACAACCUGAUGGAUAAAGCAGAUCAGCCUGGUCUCAAGGAAAUCCUGCUGCUCAAGGUCGCUUAUAAAUUGGCAAUUGGUCAGUUAAUAACCGAAACCAAACUCCAAGCACAGGAGCUGUUAAUGAAUCAUCAUGAAAUUUGCUGCGUGCUUGUGCGAAUGGGCAGCAAAUCGCUGGUGCAACAGCUCUGCGAGGCAAUUGUCAAGUGCACCAGUUUGUUUCUUACCCAGCCAGAGUUGCGCCUUCAGGCGGAAAUGCUGCUCCUGACACUCCUUAAUCUGCCUGUUGAUAGUGAAUUGCGGAACUACGCGUUGCAACUGCUAAGACAGCCCGUCCUCGAACACUAUCAGGCGUUCAUGAAUGGGACGAACUAUUUGCCAGACUGCAGCAAUAUACAGCUGAUUCGCCAGCACAUUCUGGGUCUGCCGAUGAGCACGCAUGUGUUGCGCGAACUGCUCGUCGUCGGAUGGCGGUCGUCGCUGGGACCGGAGCUGAAAGAGUGGUGCAUUGAGUACCUAAUGAUGCUGCUGGGUCUCAUCGAACCAAUACCAGCUAAGGAAAUUCCCAGUGUCCACAAGAUGCUGACACCUGUGAUGCCGCUGAUCGUUUGUCGGGCCAUCGAUCAGCCGCAACUGCAACCGCUGCUGUGGAAGCUAUUAAGACCGAUUGACGAAUAUAUGGAUAAGACACAAACGUUGCGCGGUAACAUCUGUUUUCUCUUUUAUCCGGAUGAAAAUAUGCGCACCUCUGCCCUAAUUCGCAUGGGCUUCAUUCUCAAUUUCUUGGACAGCCAGAAGAAACUUGGGCUAGCGACGGCUGAUCUGAAAGCGCACUCGUUAAGUGCUGAUCUGUGCGUGAUUAAACCACCCAUUGAGUACACCAACGUAUUCAAUGAUCGCAUAGAUCAGUCAUCCGCUGAGAGUCUAGAGGUGCAGCUGCGUCUGCUGGCGACGCCCCAUCUCAAGAACAGCAUUUACAAAUCGACGCUCAUUCAAAUGAAUAUCCUGAUGCACAAUUGGCUGACUGCCGCCACCUUCUCGGCCCAACUAGAUGCCAUCUUCUUGAGAGCGGAAGAUGAUGCGGACUUGCUGCUUCCGACAGUGAGUAUUCUGCAGCGUGCGCUCUUUCGCAGCGAGCAAAUUCGGCUCGAUUUUGCCGACGAGGCGCUGAUGCUGAUCUAUUUGGUGCGCUGCCUCUUUCUGCUGCCCAAAUCGGAACAGAUGCGUGCCGAGGCGAGCACCUGCCUAUUCCUAUUGCUCUUUCCCGAGCACAUUGACGCAAAAGAGCACAGCAUCCAGCUCCUAGUGGAUCUCUCGGCAAUGGCGGUUCCGUUCACUUAUAAGCUGAACGAGAGCGUGUCGCCCACAACUGCCGCACAAGGACUUAUAAUGCACGAUCUUGUGCUGAACAAUCACUUUGUGGGCAAUGCGGCGCUUGAAGCACAAUAUUGGCGUCUAUUUCUGGCCCAAUGCGCCUGUGACAGUGCGGAUAAUCUGACGCUGUCCACGAUGCGGGAACUUGACAUUGCUGAGUCGCUGAAGCUGAAACCAUCAGAUCUGGCCUUGGUGCAUGCCACCCAAGUGCAACGGCAGUUGCAACACCUGCUGACCGAGGAGGCAAAUAACUGCAGCAGUCACAAAUCGCUGCAAUACCUGGUUCUCAGUCUUCAAUUAUUUCUGAUCCAUCUGCGCGGCAAUAUUAAGCACGAUCAAUGCGCCCAACUCUGGACGCUGCUGCACAAGCAUCUGCGUUCUAUGCCGAUCAACGAAGCGGAUCGGAAAUUGUAUGCCGCCAUGUUGGAACUCUGCCUCAACUGUUUGCGUCAUCGUUUGCCUCAGGUGCAGCAGGGUUUGAACGAUGCACUCGAAAGCCAUCCGGAUCACAGUUUCAUUGUGAUACUGCACGAUAGCAACGUCUCUCUGAAUCUGCUGCAUCUGGUCACCGAAUGUCUGGUGAUGCUUAUUUCAUCGCCAUGCCACCAGGCCAACAACAACAAGAAGAACAAUAUCAAUUGGCACACCAAACUCUUCCAGGAGCUGAGCAUUUUGGCACGCGCCAAUUUUGAGCAACGUAAUCUACAGCGAGUUCGUUGUCUUCUAAGCAUCCUGCGGCAGCUCAGCGAACAGCAAUUGCAUUUAGAUGAAACCCAACUGCAGUCUUACUAUCAUCACUUUGUGCAGCUGUCUAGCAAUCUGAGAACGAACACACACACUGGAGCCCAGUGGCAAAGGGACUGUCUGCUGGUCAUUUGUCAACUGCAGGCAAACUCGAAGUUGAAGCCUACGUACACUGGCGGGAUUGGCAACGAAACCAGAGUGCUGCACUUUCUGAUUGGACUGUGCAGCCAUUGCGAUAGAGAGGUACGAGCUCUGGCCUGGGUGGCGUUGGCCAAUUGGUGCAAGAGCAGCGGUAGCAAAUUGUGUGGCACUAUGAAUAAUUUGCAUCAAUUUCUACCUGGCCGGUUGGCCGCCCGUUGCCUCUGCACGCUGUUGGACAAGCAUGAGGUGAUGCUGGUGCGUGAGAUUGCCGGACGAUUGUUUGAGCUGCUGAUGCCGCACAUAGGCGCCGCUCUCAGCGAGAGCCUGUUGGAGCAAAUGUCGUUUCUCAAUGAGGCACAACUGGCAGUUGGAACACUGCAUUUGAUACCAAAAAUCAGAUUCGAUUGCGAUAGAUCUAAGGCAAUGCACUCGUCCGAGAUUAUCAGCUGCUAUGUGAGCAUAUGCGUAAGCCUAAUCUUCCUGAAUGCACGCUGGUGUCUCACUCUCUGCGAGCACGCCUUCUUCAACGCCCUCAGCAAUGUUUUACAAAUACCAUUGACAAGCGAAAUGUUCACACCGUACAUGAAUCUGUGCGCUGGCCAAAUCUGCCAGCUCUUUGCCCUAUGUUAUCAGCACAAUGGCCAGUUCAUACAGCGCAUCAUCUAUCAGGACACGCUCAUCUUUUACUACUACGAAUUGAUAUGCAUUUAUCUCAAGACCCAGCCGCCGCUUCCGGAAAAUCAUCACACUGGACUGCUUAAGCUGCUAAUGGUUUUCUUAAUGGAUAACUACGCAUAUCAAAAUCUCUUUUCAACGAUGUCCGAGCCACCCGUUAAGCUGCUUGAUCUGAUCUUUCGUGGCCUAAGAAGCGAUCGUGUCAAUGGAGCUGUGCAGUAUUAUACACUGCAAGCGAUAUUGUUCCUGCUGAGCAAGGAACAAAAUAAAUUUAUGGCGAUCAAUGUGCUGGACAUGUUUGUAGAAUAUGAAGGCGAAACUAAUGAGGAGGAGGAGGACAUGGACACCAGUGACAAAGAGAGAAAUUCUGCAAAUACUUUGAGCCAACAACAAAAAAUGAUGAGCUUAAUGCCGGCGGCAAAGCAAAACGAAACAAAAACGAAAGAAGCAAGCAAAUCGAAGCCCAAAUUGAGCGCAACCAUUCAGCUCUAUCAGCGUCUGGACAGUCUCUUCGAGCUGUACUAUCCGGCGGGCAAAUACAGCUUCCUGGAAACACCCACAACAGGCAGUACACAGGUUUGUGAAGCGCUCGGCCGGCUGCUCAAGCUAUCGCCACAAGCGACGGACAUGGCAGACAAGGCUGGCUACAAGCUGCUGAAGCGCGUUAUCCAACUGCUUGAGGGGUUCUUCUUUGAUGCCGAGGUGUUCAAUGCCACCGUCUAUAUGGAGCGAGUGGGUGCCGACAAGGCGAAUUGCAUUUUGUUAAAUUUGAGUCCGCUGCUCGACAUGCUGCUCACGUGGCACUCGGCGCCACAUGCCGACAUCACGCAUCCGUUGAUGGCUUCACGUAUAGUGCGUGUGCUGCACCAAUUGUGGCCCUGGCUCUUGCAUUCGUUGGAGCUGAUGAACAUGACCGUGCGUCUGACGGUGGUGCUCACCCAGUGCUCCCUAGAAAUGUGCAAACAGACCGCGCAGGUCUGGUCCAAACAUUCCAAGUCGCAGCUUCAUCUGAUGGUUCGCAUUGCGACCACUUUCAACCAUCCUAUUGAAAUGUGCCAUUGCGCAUUGCGUGUGAUGAUCAACUGCUGCGCCUGUGUCGAGGGUCGUCUGUGUCUGAGCAAGAUGCGUGUGCAGAACAUAUUCAAAACGAUUCUGCAGGCAUGCGGCGGUUGCAAAGUGCCGCCGCUUUUACAGAAUUACUGGCUGAUGUUUUGGGAGGUCUUCUCCCGUUACGAGCCCGGCUCGAAGAUCUGUCAUUUCGGAUUGCUUCUCAAUACCGUUCGUCGCUCCCAGCCACUGAGCUGUCGGCGGAUUUACUGCCUCCGCAUUGUGCGCAACAUGUGCUUUUUUAAUGGCAACCGAAUGCAGUUGCCGAACAUGGGCGAAUUCGUGGAUCUAUUGCAAGAGAUUGUGUCACAACCUGUGCAGGACUCCUACGUGGAACACCAUCUGGUAGUCACUUGCCUGUGGAAGCUAUUUGGCUCCAGCGCCAAAUGGAAGGAGCUUUCUUUCUUGCGUGCCAAGAAAUUGUACCAAAUAUUAACCACGCUGUUGGAUCAUCUGACAACGAUGCAAAAGGAUCGUGUGGAGGAUUUCGAAAAGUUGUAUUAUGCCAUCGAUCUGAAAGAUGUGCUGGAAAAGCUGUUUACUUCGCUUCAGUCAUAGUAACUACCAAAUAACCGAUUACAAUAAGGCGUUGGUUUUACAUAAAUAAAUGCAUGUAUAUU